CGCCGCCAGCAAGCAGGCAACAAGAUGAUCGAUACGUCCUCAUUCCACCGCUCUGCGGAUCCUCAGAGCUCGUCGCCCUUCUUCACCGUCCUCCCAGCCGAGAUUCGUGACCUCGUGUACGUUGAGUUCUGGAAAUUCAGCUCCGCCCGGCUGCACAUCGUCAAACGCGAGAUCAGACAAGAGAUCUCAGCUGAGCAGGAUGCGGAAAGCAUCGGGGAGGAAUGGUUGCACGUACCAUGUAUCAUUGACCCCCGCGCCGAGGAAACCCGCUGGGGCGAGGUCAGUGGUAAGAAGUCCAUGAGCGAGUGGUGCAUGCAUUGGCCCUGCGAGGAGCAGUUCCCCCAGGUGAAGAAGAUACGCCAUGGGGAGAGCGACGUUAGAGCGUCUGCAUCUCGGCCCAUUCCGGGACAGACUGGCUUCCUGAACCUUCUGACGACGUGAAAGCGGAUGUACCUCGAAGCCCUCCCUUCCCUCUACGGGAACACGACCUUCAUCCUCACCGCCACGCGCACGGCAGGCGAGUUCCUCACCCGCUACGGCGCCGACGGGGCGCGCCAUCCCUUCCGCUCGCUCGAGCUGUGCAUCCGCCUGCCCAACCUGCUGACCGAGAUCUACUACCCGCCCGCGCACAGCAGCAGCAAGGGCGACGAGGGCCCGCCCGCCAUCUUCGCCGGCGGCGCCCGCCCGAUGCUCUCGGUCACGAACAACCCGUGGCAGCACCUGUGCGACGCCCUGGUCGCCCUGCCCGCGCUGCAGGAGCUGCGCGUCUGGCUCGACUCGAGCGACCUGCGGCCCUGGCACAAGCGCGUGAGCGAGACCCGCUUCUUCCGCCGCCUGGCCGACGUCCGCGGCCUGGACAAGGCCCGCUUCGUGCUCGGCCUGCCCGAGCUGCCCGAGCGCCGCGGCCCGGACUCCCACGCCCUGCAGGGGCAGUACCUCGAGGGGGACAAGCUGGACGACGUCCCCUUCACGGUGCAGAGGGGUCCCCGGCCGAACAACUGGCAGAACCAUCUCCACAACAUCCUCAGCCUCGGCGCCGCUGCUCUUACGCUUCCUACACCAGGGACUGCACCGGUGCAUCCCAAUCCGGUCCAUCCCUAGGCAGACAGGCCUGCUCAUUCAAAUCCGCAGGAAACCGAAUAGGUUUGUUUGUGGGAGAGGGGGCGCAGAGAGAGAGAGCCGUCGAAGUCGAACACUGUUCCAUACAACCGGUGGACAAACAAACU